AUGAUGUUUGGUCUCAAGAACAAGAAGCGCCUAAAUGCCGCAACUACUGGCUUGUCUUCCGAACCCAAGCCUUCCGCGUCAACCCGUACUAUUCAACGCAACUCAUUCGAAAAGGUAGUUACUGCCGGCAAGAACCUCUACUACAACCUUUCCGUCACCCUGGCCAGCAAACCUUGUCGACAGACUUCGCCGAUAAAUCGGUCCACCUCAGCAAACCGCCCAUCAAGCAACGCAUCGACUGCCACAACAUCCAACCAGAACUUAGACAACUGUGACGCGGGUUCGCUAUGUCAAAAGUCUUCAAGCUCUACGUUACUAACUGAAAGUUCUCUCCUGGUUCUCGAUUGUGGCGAGACGUUCUACGUGCCUGGCAUCUCUCCUUCUAGGUCCCACCUGGAUACAGGACGAGCACCUAUUCAGGAACCAAGCGGUCUUUCAGUAUCCUCAAUGGAAUUCGCCACGUCUUGGAACAACACCAAAUCUUUAGACCAACCUGAAGAGGAAAUUCCUGCGGUGCCAGAGCAGCUCUAUGUCAAGAAAGGGAUGAAAGAUGGUUUGUGUCGACAUCUCAAGGCUACUUACAAGAAUUUAAUCCUCCCACGAUUGCUCCGUUUUGGUCGCAAUUCCAGUAGAUAUGGCUCCGCCGUUGAUGAAGAUGCGCCACCCGCAAUCAAUGAGCCAGUCGACCAGUGCGAAACCGUGGAUACUGAUUCAGACGACGACGACGACGAAGAAGAUGAAGAGGAAGGUGAUGGCUCCCACCCACGUUGUGACUUCCAGACUAUUGCAGCCAUUUCCGAUGCGAAGUACCAUGAGCUCUUCAAGGCAUGCAACCUGUUCCCUUCCGCCGAUUGUGUAGCUGUAGUGCGUCGCGACAAAGGUGCAUACAAUGCGGCAACUUUUGUCGAUGUCCUCGACGGUGGAAAAACCCAUAAAUUCGUGGUCCGCGUGCCUGGUCACGGAACACUUGAACACUGGACAGAUGAAGAUGCAUACGUGUUAGAGCGCGAGGCCCAACUCAUUGAGUACAUUCGCAAGAACACUGCCGCGCCCGUCGCACAGGUUAUCGACUAUGCUACUGGCCACGAAAAUGCGCUUGGCUUCCCUCACAUUGUGAUGACGAUGCUGCCCGGUAAGCCUGCUUACACGCUCUGGUUUCCGGAAGGAUACCCUUUUGUAGGGGACGACGAUGUCUUCCGUGAUGCGGACGUCCCCCCUCCCUACAUCGAGAAAAGGCGCGUUGCAUUUCUACGCUCAUUAGCGAAGGUAAUGACACGUAUCCAAAGCCUUGAGUUUGAUGGCAUUGGAGUGCCUGCCUUUGAUAACGAUGGGAGACUUACUGGCACUGGCCCUACAUGUCAUUUCAAGGGCGCGUCCGAUGUUUCAUUCAAACGUCAACCAGCGGCGACUACUCAGGAGUAUCUCCAGGCUCGAAUGAAAUCCAAGGUGAAACAUUUGGAUGAGCAGCACGAGCUCGGUGAUUUGGACGGCCUCCUUGAAAACCUUGGUAUCCGAACCAUCCUCAACCUGGUCUUUUCUCAACCUGCUUUCCAUGGACCGGCCGGCGAAACUUUUACUAUCCAUCAUAACGAUCUUGAUCUGCAAAACAUUCUUGUCGAUGAAGAAGGCAAUGUAACCGGCAUCAUCGAUUGGGACAAUGCCAUGUCUGCACCACGCUGCGUCGGUGCUUCAGCCGUUCCAAGGUUUCUACGCAACGAUUGGUUCCCAGAGUGGGAAUCCAGACUGGAGGUCUCGCCAUAUAUGGCAUGGAACUACCAUCACUACCGUGAGAUCUAUGCAGCGGCUCUGGUUGAGGCCGGCAACAUCGAGGAUGCCAAAUACACAACUAAAUCUGCCCUCUAUCAAGCCGCUAUCGCUACAUGCACCGAAGGCGUGAGCGACUACGACUUCAUACCGAAAUUACUCCACGAGAUUCCCCAUUGUCGCGUCGAUGCCAGUGACUUCUUAAAAGGUCUGGGCAUGGGUGCUUGGCAUUCAGCAAUUCGCAUGCUCGAGACACACUUCGCAAAGAUAUUCGAACCAGAGCUGCCUCCCGAAGGUCUACUUGAGGCGCUAGACGUCGAGCUCGAGAUGCAGACCACUUGGUGGUCAUGUUGUGAUGAGCUUCUUAACCUUUACGAGGAUGAAAAGACUGAUGACGUUUCUCGAUCGUCACACAUCAACUAUUGA